UGCUUCUUGUUAGACAAAACCACAAUGACAAUGAAAUCUUCGUCUGUUCUGUAAGACUCCUCCUUUUGAAAACACACAUUUAUAGAAUCACUGCACUCUUAAUUUCUUCAACUCUACGAGCAGUUAGAAAGGACAGAGACAGCAGCUCCUGUGAAGAUGCAGGUCAUGAUUGUAUUACUUGUACCUCUAUUGGUUCCCUUUGUCUCUGCUCAGACAUUUCACUGGGGACCCUGCCCAACACCAAUGGUCCAACCAAACUUUGAAGUGGAUAAGUACCUUGGAAAGUGGUAUGAGAUCGAAAAACUCCCAGCAUCCUUUGAGAGAGGCAAGUGCAUCGAGGCAAACUACAUCCCCAGACCUGACAAAACCAUCCAAGUUCUCAAUGUUCAAACAUAUAAAGGUAAAGUUAGGACUGCUGAAGGAACAGCAGUCAUCCAGGACAUGAAGGAACCGGCAAAACUUGGAGUCAGCUUUUCCUACUUCACACCCUACGCCCCAUACUGGGUCCUCUCCACCGACUACAACACUAUGGCUCUUGUGUAUUCUUGCACUGAUGUUCUCAGGCUGUUCCACGUCGACUUUGCCUGGAUUCUCUCACGCACACGCACUCUGCCUGCAGAAACCGUCUACCACGCCAAAGAGAUUUUCUCACGGGACAACAUCGAUGUGAGCAAAAUGUUACCUACAGAUCAGCAAGGGUGUGACAUUCCUAUCAAACUCUGAAUGUUUUGGGUUAUUCAUACUUUUAUGUUUCCUGGUCAUUGUUUGCAAUGGCUUUUAAACAUAACAUUUCUGAAGUACAUUAAGUGGAGUGGAGUACACUGUUGUUAGGCAACUUAAUGCUAUAUCAAUGUAUCUGACCCAUAAUAUAAUACAAAUAAUUUGCAUUUUAUUUAUAAUGAAAAAAAAAUAAAAGCAUGUGUCUGACAAA